CUAUGCAAUCUCUUCUUCGAGUAAAGAUUGUACCCGCGAUUUCUAGGAAAAAAGACCAGGAUAUUAAUCAUCUUCGUAAAGAGCAUGAAGAAGCAUUUGAAAAGCUUUCUUUGAAAUACUUUUUGCGAGAUUAUACAUAUCUUCACCAUAAUUGGGUAACCGGAAAACGUGAUUAUGCGAGCGCAACGGAGUUUCUUACCAAAUAUAAAUGUCUUUUUUUGCAUUAUGAAAUUUUUUAUUAUAAUCUUUCAAAGAUUGAUUCUUCUUGGUCAAUUCAAUGUUUGAUGAUGACUGCCCAUUUACUUCGUAUGAAACUUUAUUCACCACCGUUGAUGUCCGUUAUUGAGUGA